GCUUCUCUCUCUCCAUCUCUUUUGUCUCUCUCCUCUCACUAUCUCACACACUGGAAAAGCUGCUCCUCUCUCUCUCUCUUUCUCUCUCUCGUCCAUCCAUCUAUUUGUACCCUCUUUGAAGCUCUCAAAUCUUUCUCACACAAACACUAGGAAACUAAAACAAGUGAAAAGAAAUGUCUCCAACAGGUUCAUCAAGGUGGUGUCCAACACCAGAACAGCUCAUGAUCUUGGAGGAGAUGUAUAGAGGAGGGUUAAGGACACCAAACGCAACUCAGAUACAGCAGAUCACAGCCCACCUGUCUUACUAUGGGAAGAUUGAAGGUAAGAAUGUGUUUUAUUGGUUUCAGAACCACAAGGCAAGAGAUAGACAGAAGCUUAGAAGGAAGCUCAGUAGGCAACUCAUGAUUCAACAACAACAACAACAGUUUCAACAAAAUCACUUUCUUCCUCAAUUUCCCAACUGUACAACAACCCCUGUUUGGUUUCUUCCUCAGGGUGGAGUUGAGGAUGUAUCCAGGCCAAUGGUGAGUCACUCAUGGAACGUGGAUUAUCAUCAUCCAGCAGAAAGGUGCGAAGCGGACAAGUCAACGACCAGAACGUACAGUCGUGAUUGGAUGAUGAUGAUGGAUCAUGAGGGUCCAACAAGUCCUUGUUGCAAUAGACCCCUCAAAACCCUAGAACUCUUCCCCAUCACAGCCACUAGUCUCAAAGACGAGUGCACCACAUCUAACCACAUCCCUUCCUCCACGUCCACCAACUAACCCUAAUUGCAUGCAUCUCUCUUAUUUUCUUCUAUGUCUUCUAUCAAUAUCUAGAAAAGUGUUCAAAAUUUAAAUUGUGUGGAUCAAAUUUAAUGUAAGUGUGACUCACAUCACAUUAAAUUUAAAUCUACAAGUAAGACUUGUAACUGAACCGUGUUAACUAGCCAUGUGGGCACACUAUUAUAAGUCUCAUUUUGAUAAUCUGAUUUGUUCAAUUUUUAGGUCAUUGUGUAAAUCAUCUAUUAAAAACAUCAAAUUGAUCUAAAAAUUAUAAUCACAUAAUUUUAUCAUACUGGUCUUAAAAAAAGGCGAUUUACUUUCCAAAUAACAUUUAUCAUUUAUUUUUUUAAGACAAAUGUGAUUAUAAUUAAUGGUUCAAUUUAUUUUUUUAUGAAUAAUUAAUACACAAUAACUUAAAAUAUAAUUAAAUUAAAUUAUCAAAAUAAGAUCUAUGAUGUCCUGCAUACCCAAAUAGCAUGGUUGAGAGACCAGUCUUACUCAUAUUUAAAUUUUCAAUAUUUUUUUAAAUAUUUUCUUGAAUACAUAAUAUUACUACUGUAUCUAUAGUUAGGAACUAGGGUUUGGCAACCUAUGACUUGCUCAUUGUCUUGGUUUCUGUUAUGUCUAUAGGCUCAAAAGUGAGAAAGAUCUCAAUUGUCUAAUUAGUAUAUGUAGGACUGGUGCUAGUACAUCU